AUGGCGAAGCGCAGAGGGCAGCUCUGCGCGGGGAGCGCACCGGGCGCUCGUGGCCCCCGGAGCCCCGCGCCACUGCCGCUGCUGCUGCUGGCUGGGCUGGCGCUGGUAGGCGAGGCGCGCACUCCCGGGGGCGAUGGCUUCAGCCUGCACCCGCCCUACUUCAACCUGGCGGAGGGCGCUCGCAUCACCGCGUCCGCGACCUGCGGCGAGGAGGCCCCGACGCGCAGUGCCUCACGCCCCACCGAGGACCUCUACUGCAAGCUGGUUGGGGGUCCAGUGGCCGGCGGAGAUCCCAACCAGACAAUCCAGGGCCAGUACUGUGACAUCUGUACAGCUGCCAACAGCAACAAGGCACACCCUGUGAGCAACGCCAUCGACGGCACUGAGCGCUGGUGGCAGAGCCCACCCCUGUCCCGUGGCCUGGAGUACAAUGAGAUCAACGUCACACUGGACCUGGGCCAGGUAUUCCACGUGGCCUAUGUGCUCAUCAAGUUUGCCAACUCGCCUCGGCCUGACCUCUGGGUGCUGGAGCGAUCCACAGACUUCGGCCACACCUAUCAGCCAUGGCAGUUCUUUGCCUCCUCCAAGAGGGAUUGUUUGGAGCGGUUUGGCCCUCGGACUCUAGAACGCAUCACGCAGGAUGAUGACGUCAUCUGCACCACGGAAUACUCUCGAAUAGUGCCUCUGGAGAACGGCGAGAUUGUGGUGUCCUUGGUGAACGGGCGCCCUGGGGCCAUGAACUUCUCCUACUCUCCUCUCCUUCGAGACUUCACCAAGGCCACCAACAUCCGCCUGCGGUUUCUUCGAACCAACACGCUACUGGGACACCUUAUGGGCAAGGCGCUGCGGGACCCCACCGUCACCCGCAGGUAUUAUUAUAGCAUCAAAGACAUCAGCAUCGGUGGUCGCUGCGUCUGUCAUGGCCACGCAGAUGUCUGUGACGCCAAGGACCCCUCGGAUCCUUUCAGGCUGCAGUGUGCCUGCCAGCACAAUACAUGUGGAGGUUCUUGUGACCGGUGCUGUCCAGGCUUCAACCAGCAGCCGUGGAAGCCCGCCACCACGGACAGCGCCAACGAGUGCCAGUCCUGCAACUGCCAUGGCCAUGCCUAUGACUGUUACUACGACCCUGAGGUGGACCGGCGCAAUGCCAGCCAGAACCAGGACAAUGUGUACCAGGGUGGGGGUGUCUGCCUUGAUUGUCAGCAUCACACCACAGGUAUCAACUGUGAGCGCUGCCUGCCUGGCUUCUACCGUGCCCCUGACCAACCACUGGACUCGCCUCAUGUCUGUCAGCCGUGCGACUGCGAGUCAGACUUCACAGACGGGACUUGUGAAGACAUGACGGGCCGCUGUUACUGCAGGCCGAACUUCACGGGAGAACAGUGUGCCGCCUGUGCUGAGGGCUACGUGGACUUCCCACACUGCUACCCUCUGUCUUCGUUUCCCCACAAUGACACGGGAGAACAGGUGCUUCCCGCUGGACAGAUCGUGAACUGUGACUGCAAUGCCGGAGGGACCCAGGGCAACGCCUGCCGGAAGGACCCGAGGUUGGGACGCUGUGUCUGCAAACCCAACUUCCGGGGCGCCCACUGUGAGCUCUGUGCUCCCGGAUUCUUCGGGCCUAACUGCCACCCAUGCCAGUGUUCCAGCCCUGGGGUAGCCAAUGGCCUCUGUGACCCAGAGUCUGGCCAGUGCACAUGCCGCACCGGCUUUGAGGGGGACAGGUGUGACCACUGUGCCCUCGGCUAUUUCCACUUCCCUCUCUGUCAGCUAUGUGGCUGCAGCCCAGCAGGGACCCUGCCUGAAGGCUGCGACGAGGCUGGCCGUUGCCAGUGCCGACCCGGCUUUGACGGUCCUCAUUGUGACCGCUGCCUUCCAGGCUACCAUGGGUACCCCGACUGUCAUGCUUGUGCCUGUGACCCUCGGGGGGCCCUGGAUCAAGAGUGUGGAGUGGGCGGUUUGUGCCGCUGCCGUCCUGGUUACACAGGCACCACUUGUCAGGAAUGUAGCCCCGGCUUCUACGGCUUCCCCAGCUGCAUCUCCUGCCACUGCUCUGCCGAUGGCUCCUUGCAUACAACCUGUGACCCUACAACCGGCCAGUGCAGGUGCCGGCCCCGAGUGACAGGACUACGGUGUGAUAUGUGUGUGCCAGGGGCCUAUAACUUCCCCUACUGUGAAGCUGGCUCUUGUCAUCCUGCUGGUCUGGCUCCAGCCAAUCCUGCCCUUCCUGAGGCACAGGCUCCCUGUGAGUGCCGGGCUCAUGUGGAGGGGCCAAGCUGUGACCGCUGUAAACCUGGGUACUGGGGACUCAGCUCCAGCAACCCUGAAGGCUGCACACGCUGCAGCUGUGACCCACGAGGCACGCUGGGUGGAGUUACUGAAUGCCAGGACAAUGGACAGUGUUUCUGCAAAGCCCAUGUGUGUGGCAAGACCUGUGCGGCCUGCAAGGACGGCUUCUUUGGCCUGGAUCACGCUGACUACUUUGGCUGCCGUGGCUGCAGGUGUGAUGUUGGCGGUGCUCUGGGUCAGGGCUGUGAACCAAAGACAGGUGCCUGCAGGUGCCGCCCUAACACUCAGGGCCCUACCUGCAGCGAGCCAGCAAAAGACCACUACUUGCCAGACCUGCAUCACACGCGGCUAGAACUAGAAGAAGCAACCACUCCCGAGGGCCAUGCUGUACGCUUCGGCUUCAACCCCCUGGAGUUUGAGAACUUCAGCUGGAGAGGCUACGCACACAUGACAGCUAUCCAGCCCAGGAUUGUAGCCAGACUGAAUGUGACCUCCCCUGACCUGUUUCGGCUGGUCUUCCGAUAUGUCAACCGUGGAUCAACCAGCGUGAAUGGGCAGGUCUCUGUCCGUGAAGAGGGCAAGCUUUCCAGCUGUACCAACUGCACAGAGCAGAGCCAGCCAGUGGCCUUCCCACCCAGCACUGAGCCUACCUUUGUCACUGUGCCCCAGAGGGGCUUUGGGGAACCCUUUGUGCUGAACCCCGGCAUCUGGGCCUUACUGGUUGAGGCUGAAGGUGUACUCUUGGACUACGUGGUCUUACUGCCCAGCACCUACUAUGAGGCAGCUCUGCUACAGCAUCGAGUAACCGAGGCCUGUACCUACCGUCCCUCAGCCCUGCACUCCACAGAGAACUGUCUCCUCUAUGCUCACCUACCCCUGGAUGGCUUCCCUUCAGCAGCUGGAACUGAGGCCCUGUGUCGCCAUGACAACAGCCUGCCCCGGCUCUGUCCCACAGAGCAGCUCAGCCCUUCACACCCGCCGCUGGCAACCUGCGUAGGCAGUGAUGUGGAUAUCCAGCUUGAGAUGACAGUGCCUCAGCCAGGCCGAUAUGCUCUCGUGGUGGAAUAUCUCAGUGAGGAUUCACACCAGGAGAUGGGAGUGUCAGUGCACACCCCUCAGAGAGCCCCCCAGCAAGGGAUGCUCAACCUCCACCCCUGCCCAUACAGCUCCCUAUGCCGGAGUCCGGCUCGGGAUACCCAGCAUCAUCUAGCCGUCUUCUACCUGGACUCUGAGGCCAGCAUCCGGCUCACAGCUGAGCAGGCUCACUUCUUCCUGCACAGUGUCACCCUGGUACCUGUGGAGGAGUUCAGCACUGAGUUUGUGGAGCCCCGGGUCUUCUGUGUGAGCAGUCAUGGAACUUUCAACCCCAGCAGCGCUGCCUGUGUAGCCUCCCGAUUCCCAAAGCCACCGCAGCCCAUCAUCCUUAAGGACUGCCAGGUCUUGCCGCUGCCUCCCGACCUGCCUCUGACUCAGUCACAGGAGCUCGCACCGGGUGCACCCCCAGCAGGACCACAACCUCGGCCACCAACUGCGGUGGACCCCAACGCAGAACCCACUUUGCUGCGUCACCCGCAGGGCACAGUGAUCUUUACCACCCAGGUGCCUACCCUGGGCCGCUAUGCCUUCCUGCUGCACAGCUACCAACCGGUCCACCCUUCCUUCCCUGUGGAGGUACUCGUCAACAGUGGCCACAUCUGGCAGGGCCACGCCAAUGCCAGCUUCUGUCCACAUGGUUAUGGCUGCCGUACCCUGGUGUUGUGUGAGGGUCAAAGGAUGCUGGAUGUUACGGACAACGAACUCACCGUGACCGUGCGUGUGCCAGAAGGCCGGUGGCUCUGGCUGGAUUACGUACUGAUUGUCCCUGAGGAUGUUUACAGCUCCAGCUACCUCCAAGAAGAGCCCCUGGACAAAUCCUAUGACUUCAUCACUCAUUGUACCACCCAGGGCUACCACAUUAGCCCCAGCAGCUCAUCUCUGUUCUGCCGGAAUGCGGCCACCUCCUUGUCUCUCUUCUACAACAAUGGGGCCCUCCCUUGCGGUUGUCACGAGGUGGGCUCCGUAAGCUCCACAUGUGAACCCUUCGGGGGCCAGUGCCCCUGCCGGGGCCACGUCAUUGGCCGGGACUGCUCCCGCUGCGCCACCGGCUACUGGGGCUUUCCCAACUGCAGGCCCUGUGACUGUGGAGCCCGCCUGUGUGAUGAGUUCACAGGCCAGUGUAUCUGUCCUCCACGCACUGUGCCCCCUGACUGCCUGGUCUGCCAGCCACAGAGCUUUGGUUGCCACCCCUUGGUGGGUUGUGAGGAGUGUAACUGCUCAGGACCCGGUGUCCAGGAACUGACGGACCCCACCUGUGACAUGGACAGCGGCCAGUGUAGAUGCAGACCCAAUGUAGCUGGGCGUCGCUGUGAUACCUGUGCACCAGGCUUCUAUGGUUAUCCUAGCUGUCGUCCCUGUGACUGCCAUGAGGCAGGCACCAUGGCUAGCGUAUGUGACCCCCUCACAGGCCAGUGCCAUUGCAAGGAGAAUGUACAGGGCUCAAGAUGUGACCAGUGCCGCGUGGGGACCUUCUCUUUGGAUGCUGCUAACCCCAAGGGCUGUACCCGCUGCUUCUGUUUCGGGGCCACAGAACGCUGUGGUAAUUCUAACCAUGCCCGCCAUGAGUUUGUAGACAUGGAGGGCUGGGUGCUGUUGAGCAGUGACCGGCAGGUGGUACCCCACGAGCAUCUGCCUGAGAGGGAGCUGCUGCACGCAGAUCUACGCCUUGUGGCUGACACUUUCCCAGAGCUGUACUGGCAGGCUCCGCCCUCCUACCUGGGAGAUAAGGUGUCAUCCUACGGUGGGACCCUCCACUAUGAGCUGCACUCGGAGACCCAGCGAGGCGAUGUCUUCAUUCCUUACGAGAGCCGGCCGGACGUGGUGCUGCAGGGCAACCAAAUGAGCAUCGCAUUCCUGGAACUGGCGUACCCUCUGCCGGGCCAGGUUCACCGGGGACAGCUGCAGCUUGUGGAGGGGAACUUCCGGCACUUGGAGACUCACAACCCAGUGUCCCGAGAGGAACUUAUGAUGGUGCUGGCCGGCCUGGAGCAGCUGCAGAUCCGUGCUCUCUUCUCACAGACCUCUUCCACGGUCUCCCUGCGUAGAGUGGUACUAGAGGUGGCUAGUGAGGCAGGCAGAGGGCCUCCAGCCAGUAAUGUGGAACUGUGUAUGUGCCCUGCCAACUACCGUGGGGACUCAUGCCAGGAAUGCGCCCCUGGCUAUUACCGGGACACCAAGGGUCUCUUCCUGGGCCGAUGUGUCCCCUGUCAGUGCCAUGGCCAUUCAGACCGCUGCCUUCCUGCUUCUGGCAUUUGUGUGGGCUGCCAGCACAACACGGAAGGGGACCAGUGUGAGCACUGCAGGCCUGGCUUUGUCAGCAGUGAUCCCAGUGACCCUGCAUCUCCCUGUGUUAGCUGCCCUUGCCCUCUGGCAGUGCCCUCCAAUAAUUUUGCAGAUGGUUGCAUCUUAAGAAAUGGCCGAACCCAGUGCCUCUGCAAACCAGGCUAUGCCGGCGCCUCCUGUGAGCGGUGUGCACCUGGAUUUUUUGGGAACCCUCUGGUGCUGGGCAGCUCCUGUCAGCCCUGUGAUUGCAGCGGUAAUGGUGACCCCAACAUGAUCUUCAGUGACUGUGACCCCCUGACUGGUGCUUGUCGAGGCUGCCUCCGUCACACCACCGGGCCCCGCUGUGAAAGCUGCGCCCCUGGCUUCUAUGGCAAUGCUUUGUUGCCAGGCAACUGCACCCGGUGUGAUUGUUCCCCAUGCGGGACAGAAACCUGUGAUCCCCGGAGCGGGCGCUGCCUGUGCAAGGCAGGCGUGACUGGUCAACGUUGUGACCGCUGUUUGGAAGGACACUUCGGUUUUGAGCAAUGCCAGGGUUGCCGCCCUUGUGCCUGUGGACCAACUGCCGAGGGCUCCGAGUGCCACCCUCAGACUGGUCAGUGUCACUGCCAGCCAGGGACCACAGGACCCCAGUGCCUCCAGUGUGCCCCUGGCUACUGGGGGCUCCCGGAGAAGGGCUGCAGGCGCUGCCAGUGUCCCCGAGGCCACUGUGAUCCACACACGGGCCGCUGCACCUGUCCCCCAGGGCUCAGUGGGGAGCGCUGUGACACCUGCAGCCAGCAGCACCAGGUGCCUGUACCGGGCAGGCCUGGGGGCCAUGGCAUACACUGUGAAGUGUGUGACCACUGUGUGGUCCUGCUUCUGGAUGACCUCGAGCGGGCUGGUGCCCUCCUCCCCUCCAUCCGUGAGCAGCUGCAGGGUAUCAAUGCCAGCUCCGCAGCCUGGGCCAGGCUGCACAGGCUGAAUGCCUCCAUUGCUGACCUGAAGAGUAAGCUCCGGAGGCCACUGGGACCCCGCUACCAGACAACACAGCAGCUACAGACUCUAGAGCAGCAGAGUAUGAGCCUUCAACAGGAUACAGAGAGGCUGGGCAGUCAGGCCACAGGGGUCCAGGAUCGGGCAGACCAGCUGCUGGACAACACAGAGUCCACACUGGGCCGGGCACAGAACUUGUUGGAGACUGUACAAGCUGUGAACCGUGCCCUGAGUGAGCUGGCAUCUCACAUGGGCCAAGGAUCCCCAGGCAAUGCCUCAGCACCGUCUGGCGAGCAGCUGCGCUGGGCACUGGCUGAAGUGGAGCGGAUGCUCUGGGAUAUGCGGACUCGAGACCUGGGGGCCUCACAGGCAGUGGCAGAGGCUGAACUGACAGAAGCCCAGAGGCUGAUGGCUCGUGUCCAGGAGCAGCUGACCAGCUUAUGGGAGGAGAACCAGUCAUUGGCCACACAUAUUCGGGACCAGCUGGCUCAGUAUGAGUCUGGCCUCAUGGAUCUUCGUGAGGCCCUGAACCAGGCGGUUAAUACCACCAGGGAGACUGAUGAACUCAACAGCCGCAACCAGGAGCGGCUGAGGGAAGCCCUGCAAUGGAAACAGGAACUGUCCCAGGACAACGCCACCCUAAGGGCCACUCUUCAAGCUGCCAGCCUCACCCUGGGCCACGUUUCUGAGCUUCUGCAGGGCAUAGACCAGGCUAAGAAGGACCUAGAGCACCUGGCGGCCAGCCUGGAUGGAGCCUGGACACCCUUACUGAAGAGGAUGCAGGCCUUUUCCCCAGCCAGCAGCAAGGUGGACUUAGUGGAGGCCGCUGAGGCCCAUGCUCAGAAGCUGAAUCAGCUGGCGAUCAACUUGUCGGGCAUCAUCCUUGGCAUCAAUCAGGACCGCUUCAUCCAGAGGGCCGUGGAAGCCUCCAACGCCUAUAGCAGCAUCCUGCAGGCCGUCCAGGCUGCCGAAGAUGCCGCAGGCCAGGCGCUGAGGCAUGCCAGCCGCACAUGGGAGAUGGUGGUGCAGCGGGGCCUAGCAGCUGGAGCCCGCCAGCUGUUAGCCAACAGCAGUGCCCUGGUGGAGACCAUCCUUGGGCACCAGAGGAGGCUGGGCGUUGCUCAGGGCCGCCUGCAGGCUGCGGGGACCCAGCUUCAUGAUGUCCAAGCUAAGAAGAACCAGCUGGCAGCCCAGAUCCGGGAGGCACAAGCCAUGCUGGCUAUGAACACAAGCGAGACCAGUGAGAAGAUUGCUCAUGCCAAGGCUGUGGCUGCUGAAGCCCUUGACACGGCUACCCACGUGCAGUCUCAGCUUCAGGAUAUGCAGAAGAACGUGGAGAGAUGGCAGAGCCAGCUGGGGGGCCUGCGAGGCCAGGACCUGAGCCAGGUGGAACGGGAUGCAAGCAGUUCAGUAUCCACCCUGGAGAAGAUGUUGCCACAGCUGCUGGCUAAACUGAGCCGUCUGGAGAACCGUGGCGUGCACAACGCCAGCCUGGCCUUGUCUGACAAUAUCGGUCGUGUGCGCAAGCUCAUUGCCGAAGCCCGGAGUGCCGCCAACAAGGUCAAGGUGUCCAUGAAGUUCAGUGGGCGUUCAGGGGUACGACUGCGCACCCCACGAGACCUUGCUGAUCUUGCUGCCUACACUUCCCUCAAGUUCUACAUCCAGAGCCCAGUGCCAGCGCCCACGCCUGGCGAGAACACUGGGGACCGCUUUGUUCUGUACAUGGGCAGCCGCCAGGCCACUGGGGACUACAUGGGAGUAUCUCUGCGUAAUCAGAAGGUGCACUGGGUAUACAGGCUAGGUGAGGCUGGCCCCACAACUCUCAGCAUUGACGAGAACAUUGGGGAGCAGUUUGCAGCCGUCAGCAUCGACAGGACCCUCCAGUUUGGCCACAUGUCUGUCACCGUGGAGAAGCAGAUGGUUCAUGAGAUCAAGGGGGACACGGUGGCCCCUGGGAGGGAGGGACUACUCAACCUGCAUCCUGACGAUUUUGUCUUCUACGUGGGAGGAUACCCCAGCAACUUCACGCCUCCUGAACCCCUGCGAUUCCCUGGCUACCUGGGCUGCAUCGAGAUGGACACACUGAACGAGGAGGUGGUCAGCCUCUACAAUUUUGAGCAGACCUUCAAGCUGGACACUGCAGUGGAUAAGCCUUGUGCUCGCUCCAAAGCCACCGGUGACCCAUGGCUCACAGAUGGCUCCUACCUGGAUGGCAGUGGCUUUGCCCGCAUCAGCUUUGAGAAGCAGUUCAGCAACACAAAACGCUUCGACCAGGAGCUGCGGCUUGUGUCCUACAACGGGAUCAUCUUUUUCCUCAAGCAAGAGAGUCAGUUCUUGUGCUUGGCAGUGCAGGAAGGUACCCUUGUGCUCUUCUAUGACUUCGGCUCUGGCCUGAAGAAGGCUGACCCACUGCAGCCCCCACAAGCUUUGACUGCAGCCAGCAAGGCGAUCCAAGUGUUUGUACUGGCUAGCCCCCGCAAACGUGUCCUGGUGCGUGUGGAGCGAGCCACCGUGUUCAGCAUCGAUCAGGAUAACAUGCUGGAGAUGGCAGAUGCCUACUACUUGGGAGGUGUGCCACCUGAGCAGCUCCCCCCAAGCCUGCGGCAGCUCUUCCCCUCAGGAGGCUCCGUCCGUGGGUGCAUCAAGGGUAUCAAGGCUCUGGGCAAGUAUGUGGACCUCAAACGACUGAACACCACGGGUGUCAGCUUCGGCUGCACUGCUGACCUGCUAGUGGGACGUACCAUGACUUUCCACGGCCACGGCUUCCUGCCCCUGGCUCUCCCCGAUGUGGCGCCCAUCACCACCGAGGUCUAUUCUGGCUUUGGCUUCCGUGGCACCCAGGACAACAACCUGCUCUAUUACCGUACCUCCCCGGAUGGGCCAUACCAGGUAUCCCUGAGGGAGGGCCAUGUGACACUCCACUUUAUGAACAGAGAGGUGGAAACUCAACGGGUCUUUGCUGAUGGCGCCCCUCACUAUGUUGCCUUCUACAGCAAUGCCACAAGGGUAUGGCUUUAUGUGGAUGACCAGCUACAACCAGUAAAGUCCCAGGAGAGAACAACCCCCAUGCUCCAGCUACAGCCUGAGGAACCCGCACGGCUUCUCCUGGGAGGCCUGCCUAUGUCUGGUACCUUCCACAACUUCAGUGGCUGCAUCAGCAAUGUUUUUGUACAACGACUUCGGGGACCACAGCGUGUGUUUGACCUACACCAGAACAUGGGGAGUGUCAAUGUGAGCGUAGGCUGCACACCAGCUCAACUCAUCCAGACCUCAAGGGCUCAGAAGGUUUCCCGCCGCAGUCGCCAGCCCAGUCAGGACCUUGCCUGCUCGACGCCCUGGCUCCUUGGGACUAUUCAGGAUGCAUACCAGUUUGGGGGACCCCUGCCCAGUUACCUGCAGUUUGUGGGCAUCUCCCCAUCCCGCAGGAAUAGGCUCCACCUCUCGAUGCUCGUCCGCCCACACGCGGCGUCCCAGGGUGUCUUGUUCUCUGCAGUCCCACUGUCAGGCCACAGCCCUUCACUGGUACUCUUUCUAAACCAUGGACGCUUUGUUGCACAGACUGAGGGCCCUGGGCCCUGGCUCCAGGUCCAGAGUCGCCAGCACUCACGGGCUGGCCACUGGCACAGGGUGUCUGUCCGCUGGGGACUGCAGCAGGUCCAGCUUGUGGUGGACGGCAGCCAGACCUGGAGCCAGAAGGCACCCCGCCAUCGGGUCCACAGGGCAGAGCGCCCACAGUCCUACAGUCUCUUUGUAGGAGGUCUCCCUGCCAGUAGUCACAGCUCCAAGCUCCCUGUGUCUGUGGGGUUCAGCGGCUGUAUGAAGAAAUUACAGCUGGAUAAGCGGCCACUGAGGACCCCAAUGCAAGUGGUGGGGGUCACACCCUGUGUCUCAGGCCCCCUGGAAGAUGGCCUGUUCUUCCCAGGCAGUGAGGGAGUUGUCACAUUAGAGCUCCCCAAGGCCGAGAUGCCCUAUGUGAGCCUGGAGGUAGAGGUGCGGCCCUUGGCAGCUGCUGGCCUCAUCUUCCACCUGGGCCGGACCCAGGCCACACCCUACAUGCAGCUGCAGGUGCUAACAGAACAGGUCCUGCUGCGGGCAGACGACGGGACAGGGGAGUUCUCCACGUGGGUGACCCACCCCAAGCUUUGUGAUGGUCGGUGGCACCGAGUGGCAGUGAUCAAGGGCAGGAGCACACUCCGGCUGGAGGUAGACACACAGAGCAACCACACCACAGGCCAUUCGCCAGAGACCCUGGCUGGCUCUCCAGCACUUCUGCACCUUGGGAGCCUGCCCAAGUCUUCAGUGGCUCGGUCAGAACCCCCUGCCUACCGAGGAUGCUUGAGGAAGCUGCGGGUCAAUGGGGCCCCUGUCAACAUGACUGCUUCUGCUCGAAUCCAGGGAGCGGUGGGGACGAGCGGAUGCCCCUCGGGAACCCUAGCAUUUUCCAAGCAGAGAAAGGAACUGACCCAGAGGCAGGCCAACCCCAGUGUCUUCUCGUGACUCUGGCAUUGAGGGCUCCCAGAGCUGUGUUUGCCCAUAUGAAUAACAAGUCAUUUCUAGUUUACACUGUCCUUUUAGAGGAAAAGGACACUGCACAACAGGCAUUAUAUUUAUAUUUUGUCCCUGUUGCCCAACAACCUAGUGCUGAGACCUGUAAAACCACUGGCUCCUCUGAAAUUAAAGUGACUUGUUUGACCUGA